AUGGUCCACCGUGCCUGCCGUGCCAUAAGAGAAGUAUGCGAUGCAGCAAAUAAUCCGUGUGGCAAGUUAUUCGAGUGUUCUGUUAAAGUAAAUGAUCAAGAAAAUACUUUUCUCGAUGUGAGAGAUUGGGUCCCUUCACUGAAAGAGAUUCUCCGUGGUGGAAGCCACAGCGCCCAAUACUUCGGAAAACUCAUAGGGAAACUCUCCGAAUUGCAUCACGGUGUGUCGGGAGAAGUUUACGCGGUGGACGGAAGAACUUUGUACAUCAAAGAUUUCACGUACGAUGGGCAAGGGCCAGAUGACAGUUAUACUCUCCAUAUUGCGUUCUCUUCCAGAAUUUCCAUUUUAUCCCAGACAACUAGGAGGUCACGACGAAGACAGGUCAACGCUAUCAAUGUAUGA